AGUCAGAUGAUAUUUUCAUGUACACACUUUUUUUCUUCUUUCAUAAAAAGGAUGAGGUCAUGCAACGUGUGUGUUUACAAAGAGUUUUUAUAAGUGCGCGCGGGACUUUAAAAAAUUAUUAUAUGGGGGAGGGGGGAUGUCUUUUUUUAGGUUUUGCAGAUACAUCAUUACAUUAAAAAAUGUCUACGAAACGCUCACUUCAACACUUUGUGGUGGUUUCCAAAUGUAGAAGAAAUAAUGUGAUUCUACCCAAAUUGGCCACUCGACGUUUCUAUGCAACUCGAAAUAAAAAAAUAGAGGCUUCCAUGGGCGGCAUAUUCGAGCCUUUUCUUAAUGAAAGCAUCGAAAAGAAGGUAGUAAAACAAAAAGUCAUUACACCAAAAGAAUUACUCCAUAAAGUAACUGUAAAAGACCUUUUACCAGAAGAGGAAUUACUCAACAUGGCCAUCGCCAAUAAACAAAUCAGUCUUUCUGUCGACACACAAAAGGAAAUUACUCGUAUCUUACUAGACAACUUGGUACAUGAUGGUACUGAGAAAGAAAAGAUAUGUCAAUUGGCCAACGGACAAGGCGCUCAAUUGACAGCACUUGGAAAUAUUUUACUAAAAAGCUCCCAAUUUGGUGCACCACUGGCUUUGGCAUUAUACAAAUUAGGCAUGGAAAAGGGAGACGACGGAGGUGCGUUUAGUUAUGCCAACAUGAUUUACAGAGGCUACAGAGGCACUGCCAAAAAUGAAGACGAAGGUAUUCGAAUUCUAUCCCAAUUGGCACAAAAGGGUCACCCUUAUGCACAAAUGAAUCUAGCGGCUAUUUUGAUGCGUACACAACCCGAUCGCAUUGAAUCUGCCAUUAAAUUAUACGAGUUGGCUGGUCGUGCUGGACUCGAUAAAGCCUAUAGUGAAUUGGGUCGUAUGUAUCGUUUAGGCUAUGGUGUACAUCAGGAUCAUAAAAAGGCCAUGGAAUAUUUUCAGAUGGGUGCACAAAAGGGUAACCCUCAAUGUAACUUUAUGUUGGGUGUUUAUUGCUCCUCGGGUCUGGGCAACGAGGAACGUAAACCGGAUCAAGUGAAAGCGUUUAAGCAUUUCCAAAAGGCUGCUGUCAAGGGGAUGGCUGAGGCACAGUAUAAUGUGGGCCUGCGUUUUUUGAAGGGACAUGGUGUGGAAGCCAAUAGUUUUAACGCGGCAGAAUUCUUUCGUAUGGCUGCUUCACAAGGCUUUCAAUUGGCCCAGAUUAAUUUGGCCGGUAUGUACUCGGAAGGAAGAGGUGUCAAGAGUGAUUUAGAUGAAGCUAGACAAUGGUUAGAAAAAGCAGCUGCUACAGGGGGUUCCAUCGGAAAAGAUGCACAAAAAAGAAUAGACGAACUUGAUCAAAUUCAAGGCAAAAAGAGAGAUAAAUGCUCCAUCAUGUAAUAAAGUUUUCCUUCACACAAAAAAAAAAUCAAUUUUUAUUUUUUUUCCCAUUAUUUUUUUAUACAGGCAGGAGAAAAAAAA